AUGUCUGCUGCGGCUGAGAAAAACAACUCCAACCAAAUCCUCUCGGAGCUGUUCGAGAAGCUGGUCAUUUCCACUGACGAUAACCGCAGUGAGAAUGUCCACUCUGUUGCCAGUUUCGUGAACGGUCCUAUUGAGGAACAUGAUCUCCCCGAGGAGUUCUUUGCCAACCUCAAGGGUGCCUUGACCAACAAGAAGGAUGCUGCCAAGCGCCUUAAUGCGGUUGCCGCCAUCAAGGGUAUCGCUGACUCUAACCAGCUUGCCCCCAGCGUUGAGCCUCUGUUGGUUGCCUUGACCAGCGAUGUUCUUGCCUUGGCUGGUGACAAGGACGCCGUCAUCCGUGACGAGGCCACUGCUGCCGUCAAGCACAUUGCUUCUAACGUCACUCCCCGUGCUGUCAAGGCCUUGAUUCCCCACUUGAUUGACUCUGUCCACGACAGUGGCGCCAAGUGGACCCAGAAGACCGCUGCCUUGGAGGCUAUCUCCGUUUUGGUCGACUCUGCCCGCGACCAGGUUGCUCUGCGCAUGACUGAGCUUAUCCCCGUCCUUUCUGAGGCUAUGUGGGAUACCAAGAAGGAGGUCAAGGCUUCUGCCACUUCCACUGCCACCAAGGCCACCGACACUGUCGAUAACAAGGAUAUUGAGAAGUUCAUUCCCGCCCUUAUCUCAUGUAUCUCCAACCCCAAGGAGGUCCCCGAGACUGUUCACUUGCUCGGUGCCACCACCUUCGUUUCCGAGGUCACCACCGCCACCCUUUCUAUCAUGGUUCCUUUGCUGUCCCGUGGUUUGGUCGAGCGUGAGACUUCCAUCAAGCGUAAGGCUGCCGUCAUUAUCGAUAACAUGUGCAAGCUUGUCGACGAUCCCCAGGUUGUUGCUCCUUUCUUGCCCAAGCUUUACCCUGCUUUGAAGAAGAACUACGACACCAUUGCCGACCCCGAGGCCCGUAACGUUACUCUUCGUGCCAUCAACACCCUCAAGCGUGUUGGUGAGAUCGGUGCUGAUGACAAGAUUCCCGAGGUCUCCACUGCCGGUGAUGUUGCUGUCAACCGUGCUAUUAUCGACGAUCUGCUCAAGGACAAGAAGGUCGAUAAGCGCUACAACGUCAUCAUUGACUACGCUGCUGCUAUUGCCGGUGACCUCAUUGAUGAGCGCAAGAUUGAUGAGAUCGAGUGGGUUGAGUCCCUCCGCCCCUUCUUGGUUGUUCUCUUGCACUCCCAGGAGGCCAGCGACCUCAUCUCUGAGCUUAACAAGCGUGCCGUUGCCAACAUCCCCGGUACUGCUGUCUUCGACGAAGAGGACGACGAGGGUGAGGAUCUGUGCAACUGUGAGUUCUCUCUUGCUUACGGUGCCAAGAUUCUGCUUAACCGCACUCAGCUCCGUCUCAAGCGCAACCGUCGUUACGGUUUGGUCGGCCCCAACGGUGCUGGUAAGUCUACUCUGAUGCGUGCUAUUGCUAACGGCCAGGUCGAGGGCUUCCCCUCCCAGGACGUUCUUAAGACCGUCUACGUCGAGCACGACAUCGAUGGCACUCACGCUGAUACCAACGUUGUUGAGUACGUUCUUGCCACUACUGGCGAUACUGUCGGCUCUGAAGAGGAGGUUCGCGCUCAGCUCAUUGACUUCGGCUUCACCGACGAGAUGACCCGCAUGCCCAUCACCUCCCUUUCGGGUGGUUGGAAGAUGAAGUUGGCCCUUGCUACCGCUGUGUUGCGUAAGGCUGACAUUCUCUUGCUCGAUGAGCCCACUAACCAUUUGGAUACCGUCAACGUUGCUUGGCUCGAGAACUACCUCAUGACCUGUGGUAUCACCUCCAUCAUUGUGUCCCACGACUCUGGUUUCCUCGACAAGAUCUGUCAGUACGUUAUCAAUUACGAGCGCUUCAAGCUUCGUAAGUACAAGGGUAACUUGACUGAGUUCGUCAAGAAGUACCCCCCUGGACGCUCCUACUUCGAGCUUGGUGCCUCUGAGGUUGAGUUCCGCUUCCCUGAGCCCGGUUUCCUUGAGGGUGUCAAGACCAAGCAAAAGGCUAUUGUCAAGGUCUCCAACAUGACCUUCCAGUACCCCGGUACUUCCCGCCCCCAGAUCCAGGACAUCACCUUCCAGUGCUCUUUGUCCUCUCGUAUUGCCGUCAUUGGUCCUAAUGGUGCUGGUAAGUCCACUCUUAUCAACGUUUUGACUGGUGAGUUGCUGCCCACUUCUGGUGAUGUCUACGUCCACGAGAACUGCCGUAUUGCCUACAUCAAGCAGCACGCUUUCGCCCACAUUGAUAACCACUUGGACAAGACUCCUUCCGAGUACAUCCAAUGGCGUUUCCAGACUGGUGAGGACCGUGAGACCAUGGACCGUGCCAACCGUCAAAUCGAUGAGAGCGACGAGGCUGCUAUGAACAAGAUCUACAAGAUUGAGGGUACCCAGCGCCGUGUCGCCGAGGUCUUGGCUCGUCGUAAGUUCAAGAACUCUUACGAGUACGAGUGCUCUUUCUUGCUCGGUGACAACAUCGGCAUGAAGUCUGAGCGCUGGAUCCCCAUGGGUUCCGUCGACAACGCCUGGAUCCCCCGCUCCGAGCUUAUUGAGUCCCACUCCAAGCAGGUCGCUGAGGUUGAUAUGAAGGAGGCUCUUGCUUCUGGUCAGUUCCGUCCUCUUACCCGUAAGGAGAUCGAGACCCACUGCGAGAUGUUGGGUCUGGAUGCCGAGCUGGUCUCGCACUCGCGUAUCCGCGGUCUUUCCGGCGGUCAGAAGGUCAAGCUUGUGUUGGCCGCUUGUACUUGGCAGCGCCCUCACUUGAUCGUCCUUGAUGAGCCCACCAACUACUUGGAUCGUGACUCUCUUGGUGCCCUCUCCAAAGCCCUUAAGGCCUUCGAGGGUGGUAUUGUCAUCAUUACCCACUCUGCUGAGUUCACUCGUGACAUCACCGAUGAGGUCUGGGCCGUCCUUGACGGUAAGAUGACUCCUUCCGGCCACAACUGGGUUCAGGGCCAGGGCUCCGGCCCCCGUCUUGAGUCCAAGGACGACGAGGAGGAGAAGUUCGACGCUCUCGGCAACAAGAUCGAGACUAAGAAGAAGGUCAAGAAGUUGUCGGCCGCCGAGCUCCGUAAGAAGAAGAAGGAGCGCAUGAAGAAGAAGAAGGAGUUGGGCGAUGCCUACGUCUCUUCUGAUGACGAGUUUUAA